AUGCCUGACCUGAAUUCCCCUCAAUGGUCUCUGCGCCCCCCCUCACCUCAGCCCUCCUCUUCCCCCUCCUCCCCUCCCGCCUCGCAUUCCGAUGCCAUACCCGCCAGAUCCUCCAAAGCCUCUCCCACGACUCCUCCUCUCCCACACCCCUCCGCCGUUCAACCCGCCGAGCACGACGAUGAGGUCCACAAGCUGCCUCCCUUCUACUCGCCCCGCCCCAUUCCUGUCUCGAGAGCCAUAUCCGAGUUGGAUCUGAACAGCCUGGAUAGCCAUCAGAGCCGCUCGCGCAUUGCCUCCCCAGGCCAGUCCUCCCGCGCUGGAAAUGACACUGACUCCGAACUUCCGGGUCUGGUGUCGCCCGCCUUCACUCCUCCCUCCACCCCGGGCAUCUCCACCCCCUCGUCACGCGACCCGGCCACCCGCCCUGCGAAGUCUGUCCCCGUAGACAGCACCACCGCGGAUGGCGGCUGCGGCUCCAAGAAACCAAAGCUCCUCAAGAAGCUCCCCGAAGUGAAUUGCAUAGUGCGAGCACGAAUUCCAACCACCACCGGAACAGAGAUGUUCCUGCACCUUUACCAUAACAGCGAGGAUAAUAAGGAGCACUUGGCGAUUGUCUUUGGAGACAAGAUACGCAGUCGGAGCUUGGAUGCGGUGAGGCCCGGGGAGACGGAGAUGGAUCGCUUGAUCAGAGGGGCGUAUACAGGCCGGUUGUAUCCUGGUCGGACCACCUCCGAACUGGCCGACAAGAGUGGACAGCGCAGUAAGGAGGAGCAAGUCGUCAAGGACCAAGCGCCGCUCGUGAGAAUACACUCUGAGUGCUAUACUGGUGAAACAGUCUGGUCAGCACGCUGCGACUGCGGUGAGCAACUCGACGAGGCUGCGCGGCUCAUGUCUCUUCCCCCCUCCCCCAGCAACCCGUCAAACGGCGGAGUAAUAAUCUACCUCCGACAAGAGGGCCGCGGGAUCGGGCUCUCCGAGAAACUCAAGGCGUACAACCUCCAGGACCUAGGAUCCGAUACCGUAGAAGCUAAUCUGUUAUUGCGCCAUCCGGCGGAUGCGAGGAGUUAUGGGUUAGCUACUGCGAUGCUGGUUGAUUUGGGAGUGAAGGAGAUCCGACUGUUGACUAACAACCCGGACAAGGUCAGGGCAGUUGAGGGGCCUAACAGAGAGGUGGUAGUCAAAGAGAGAGUCGCGAUGAUCCCCUUGGCCUGGAGGAAAGGGAGUGUAGGGGGGAUUCGAAGUGCGGAGGUAGGGGGCUAUUUGAAAACCAAGAUCGAGAAGAUGGGGCAUAUGUUGCAGAUGAAUGAGGCGGGUUGA